AGUACUUUAUCUGGGAUUUAUCUCAGCAGCACAGACAGGGUUAGAGAGAGAGAGAGAGAGAGAACAAAAGAUUGAUCAGUUGCAGAGGGAUUCUGAGAUGUCGGGACUCCAGGAUCUGAGCAUAUCCGGACUGAUCCUGGUGCUGCUGCUGGUCUCAGUGAGUUUGAGUCCCGACCCUGCGGAGCCAGAGCCUGGCUGUCACCUUUACCCUUUUAAUGUGACCAUCAAGAGCGACCAGCGGGGUACGUGCCGGGGGUCUCAGCUGAUCCAGGCCUGUGUGGGUUACUGCGAAUCCAGCGCUUUCCCCUCCAAAUAUUCGGUGCUGAUGGCGAGUGGCUUCAAACACAACAUCACCUCUGUAUCACAGUGCUGCAUCAUUCGCAAGAUGCAGAAGGUGAGAGUCAGGCUGUUCUGCGGCCCCAGGAGAGAAGAGAUCGAGAUCUUCACGGCCAAGUCCUGCUCCUGUGACAUGUGUCGACUGUCCCGAUACUGAGGACCUCCACGCAACUGCCCCCCAAUGACCCCCCCCCCCCCCACAACAGGGCAUUUCUGACUGUACUGGAGCCCAGGAUCCUCAAAGACUUUCAUUUUUAUAGCACCUUUCACAGCCUUGAGAUGUCCCAGGCUACCUUGCAACCAAUGAAGUACUUAUUGAAGCGUAGUCACUGUUGUAAUGUAGGGAGCACGGCAGCCAAUCUGCGCACAGCAAGAUCCCACAAACAACAGUGUGGUAAUGACCAGAUCAUGUGUUUUUAGUGAUGUUGGUUGAGGGAUAAAUAAAUAUUGGCCCCAGGGAGAGUUCCCCUCCCCUCCUCCCCCUCUACUGCUUCUCUUCCAACAGUGGCCAUGGGGCAAAAGGGGACAUUGGUUUAAUGUCUCAUCUUGAAAGAUGGUCCCUCUGACAGUGCCGCACUCUCUCUGUACUGCACCGGGAGUGUCAGGCCUGGAUUAUGGGCUCGAACCCAUGACCUCGGAGAGGGGGUUGGGGGGGUGGUGGUGAGGGAGUGAUACCAGCUUGAGCUGUGACUGACACCUGAUACUUUAAAAGGCGGAGCCCAGAUCUCUGGGUGGAAAUGAUCUGUUGUCUCAUUUGGCAACAUCACAUUGAGCUAGGAUUAGAUAAACCUGGUGCCCCCAGACUGUAACGUGACUCCGGGACAGAUCUCCUCUACUCUAUUCCACUGUGACUCAGUUACUUUAUACUGCAUUUGUCACUGAACAUCGUGCGUGACUGUUAAUCAACCCUUGUACCAUUCACCCUUUACUGAGGCCUGUGAUGCUUCUCUCUGUGGGAGGAUUGCUGUAGAAAGAUCAAAUAUUUGUGCAAAGUCUAUUGUUCCUGGAUCAAUAAAAUUCAAUCACAGUA